AUGUAUUUAAGUUUUAUUAAGGAACAUUUUGAACCUAGUUAAAAAGAACUUGAAAUAUUAGAAGCUUAAGAAACAUAAGAUUUGUUUUGUGAUAUAUAAAAUUAAGGAGGAUUUAUUAAAGUAUUUGAAUUAGAAAUAGUUAGGUAUAUUCUAGAUAAUGUAGUAUAUUUGAUUCUGAAAUAUAUAAAAAUAAACUUGAAGUAUUUUAGAAAUAUUUAUUGAAUUAUGAGAAAUAAAAUCCAAAAUUAAAUGGAUGUUGCCUUGAAAAAGCAUUUUAUGUUGAUUAAAGCAAUUCAUUAGACUAUUAGGUAGAGUCACCAGAAAAUUGGUUAAAAGAAUAAGUAACAGUUUGGUAAUUGCCAACUGAUAUAGUGAAUAAAAUGAAUUAGAAGUGUUUUACUUUUGAAGAUAUAGCUAAAAGACAUGGAACUUAAAUGGUUGAUAUUAGGAUUCAAGAUCCAGAGACAGAUACAUUUACUCCUAAAGUUGAAUAAAAUUGUAUAGCAAAUUAAAUGAGGAUUGAUGAGUAUUGUAAAUAUUUGAAAAACAAAACUGAAUUUUUUUAGAAACAUUCUGAAUAUUCUCCAGAUAAAGUAUUAUUUGCUGUUAAUGUGGAUAUGGAUAAUUGGGAUGAAGAAACAGGUUAAUUAUAUGAGUAUAUGCCUUAAUCAUUAUUAAAAUAUGAUGGAUUAGUAUAUAUGAGAUAAUUCUGUUUAGGAGUUAAUAUUCCAUAGAUCUAUAUUAAAACUAAAGGAGUUUGGACAGGAGGACAUUAAGAAAAUUCAUCAGUAAAUUCAUUAAAUUUUAAUCAUGGUCCUGAUGAUUGUCUAUGGUUAACUAUAGAUGCAUAACAUGUACAAAAAUUAUAUUAAAUAAUACCUAAUCUCUAUCAAAUUGAAGGAUAAUGGUUUAAAGAGAUUGAUUUUUUUUUAGAGAAUAAUAUUCCAAUUAAAUAUACUAUUUAAAAAAAAGGUGAUCUUAUUAUUUUAGGAGCUGGUUGUUUGCAUUGGGUAAAAAGUUUAGGUAAUACUAUAAAUACAUCUUGGAAUUUAUUGGUUUAUUAAGAUCAUACAUUUUAAUAAAUAUAUGAUAGAUAAUUUAUAAAUGAUAAAUACAAAAUUUAAAGUGUCAUUCCAAUUAAAAAUUUAUUUUUAGAUAUCUUUAUUCAUCAUAAAUCUAUUUAACUAAAAAAAUACUUAAAGAUUUUUAUUGAAGAAGAUUUAUAAAAUUAUAUAAAGUAAUAUUAGAAAAUUAAAAGUUGUAAAAAGAGAUUCAAUUCUAGAGAAGUAUUACAAUGUAAUAAUUGUAAGAUGGAAAUAUUUAUAUUCUAUUAAACAAUAGAUGAUAAAACUUUUAGAUGUAUUAAUUGUCUUGAAGGAGAAGAUGUCUAUAUUUUUAUGAAAUAUAAACCUGUUGAAUUAAUUCUUGUUUUAAAUGCAGAUAAAUUUUCAUGUUCUUCUACAUUAUGUACAAGAUAUAUGGGAACUACAGAUUGUUAACUUGAUAAAUAAAUUGAAGAAUUUGUAAGUGAAAGUUAUUAAUCCAGUAUGAAUUACAGAGAAAGUGAAGAAGAAUAAACUUCAUUUAAAUAAACAAAAAAAAAAGAUAAAAAUUAGGUUUCUAAAAAAUCCCCUUUGAUUCAAUCAUAAGAUAGGUAAUUGUUUAUUAUAUUAAGAAAUUUUAGUGUGUAAACAAACCAAUAAAAUAAAUAAAAAAGAGUAUACAGGAAAACUAAGGGUUAAGAUGAUUUAAUUUCAGAAAUAUUUACAUCCUAAAAGUCUUAAAAGAAGAAUGAAAAUACUAAUUAAAAAACUAAGUAAAGCAAAAAAACUUAAAAAGUAUCAAAAUUUGAAAGUAGUGUGAAAAGUGUAACAAGUUCAGAUUAAGAUAGUCAUUCUUAAAUACCAAUUAAUAAAAAAGGAAAAAAGUAAUAACAUGAUUUAUGA